AUGUUCGGCUGGAGUGCAAGAUCGGCGCCGAGGCGCAUCCCUUCCGAUGAAGUCAUCCCGGCCUUUGCGCUGGACGACACAUCGGCGAACCGCGGCAUCAUGCUGAAUUGGACCCUGCACUUCGAUGCUGUUCUCGAUGCUGAGAAGCUCAGGAGCUCUCUGGAGGCCCUCCUGAGGACUGGCGACUGGAGGAAGAUAGGUGGCAGGCUCAGACUUGAUGCCGGCGGCAAACUGGAAAUACACGUCCCUACAAUCUUCACGACUGAGCGCCCUGCCUUUCGGUACAGACACACUUCAUACGACAUCAAGCUCAGUGAACAUCCUAUUGUGUCACGCAUCCCAGUGGCCACCGCCAACCCUUGGAGCCGGCCCAUUCUCACCAACUUUGCUGAACCGGAUGUGACCGACCUUGAUGAGCUCUUGUACUCCGACCUCCCCCAGCUUGGCCUUCACGUACUCUCCUUCACCGAUGCGACACUUGUUGACCUGAUUUGGCCUCACACCAUGUCGGACGCGAUGGGCUGUCAUGAUCUCCUCAAGAACUGGUGCCAUGUUCUCGCCGGCCGGGAGGACCAAGUUAGGCCCUUCCUGGGGUACCGCACCGACCCGCUCGAGACGAUGCUCGCGCUUUCCGAGACCGAUUGCGAGCCUUGGGCGCUACGCGACCUGGUUCUCAGCGGCGUGGGCGUGGUCAUAUUCGCCAUCCGCUUCCUGAUUGGCAUACUGUGGCACCCGUCUACGGAGCAGCGCAUCAUCUUCUUUCCGGAGCGCACCGUGACAAACCUCCGGCAGCGCGCCACCGCCGAACUCGACGCCGGCACGUUUCUCAGCGACGGGGACGUGCUGACGGCGUGGUGCACACGUGUGGCGACGGCCGACAGCAAGCGGCCGGUCAGCGCCAUGAACGUGGUGGAGAUGCGGUCGCGGGCGCCGGCCGGCGUGUUUGACCUUGGUGGCGCCUACGUGCAGAACCUAGUUUUCCCGGCCUUCACGACGUUCAGGGGCGGCGUGGUGCACGAGGCACCGAUGGGCGAGAUGGCCCUCGCCAUCCGGCGGUCACUGGCGGCGCAGGUGGCUCCGGGCCAGGUGGCGGCGGCGGCGCGGACGAUGGCGCAAAGGACGGGGCGGCAAGGGGAGGGCAAGCAACCACCCGUCGUGGGCGAUCCAAGCGCGCAGCUGGUCGUCUUCUCCAACUGGAUGAAGGGCAAGUUCUUUGAGGUGGCCGACUUUGGUCCUGCCGUGGCCAAAGGCGGCGACGGCAGUAGUAGCGGCACGGGAAGACCCGUCUACAUGCAGGUGAUGAUGCUGGGCAAGACGAGCCUGGCGGUGCGCAAUGUCUUCAAUUUCCUCGGGAAGGAUGCCGCAGGGAACGUCUGGGCAAAUGCAGUCCUGACGUCUGCAGUCUGGAGGAGAGUGGAUGCAGAACUGGCGGUUCUGGGAUAUGCCAGCACUUGA